UUCCACCCCAAAAUAUUAUACCUAUCGAGUGGGUUUUGAAUGCUUUGCUCCAGCAGCUUGGUAAAUCUGGGGGCAUGUCAUUGUGGAAUAUCUGGUUGAUCUUUGGCCUUUCCUUGCAAGGUUGGGGUCUGGUCUACUCUUCUGAGCUGGCUUUCGUCCUGGAGCCUAGCGAUGUGAUUGCCGUCCGGGAUCGUCCUCUGCUCCUGCAUUGCCAAGUGGAAGGCGAAGCGCCCAUCACAAUCACUUGGUACAGGAAUGGCAUGGCCCUCUCCAACGACAGCCACAUGGCCAUCUUAUCCAAUGGCUCCCUUCUCCUGGAGAGUGUCCACCGGCGGCCGCGAGGAGGGGGAAGCCCCGAUGCCACGACCAAUGCCACCGAGUCGAGCGCCGGAGAGUACAGCUGUGCCACCCAGAACCGCUAUGGUCUGCUUGUCAGUCGCAAGGCCAGAGUCCAGAUUGCCACCCUGUCCAAAUUCCACAUGCACCCGGAGUCCAUGUCAGUGGAAGAAGGAGGCGUUGCCCGGUUCCAGUGCUUCAUCCAAGGGGUCCCUGAAGCCACCAUAACCUGGGAACGCAACCGGACGGCCCUGCAAACAGAUGACUACCGGUUUACCUUGCUCCCGACUGGCAUCUUGCAGAUUACGGGCGUCCGGCGUUCAGACGUAGGGACCUACCGCUGCGUAGCCAGCAACAUCGCCAAUACCCGCUACAGCCAAGAGGCCACAUUGAGCAUCAGUGUCUCUGCUCCCAAACUCUACAAGGAACCGGUCAUUUUGUCAGGACCGCAGAACCUGACCAUCACGGUGCAUCAGACGGCCAUCCUGGAGUGCAUUGCCACCGGAAACCCUCGGCCCAUCGUCUCCUGGAGUCGCCUGGAUGGACGUUCGAUUGGGGUCGAAGGUAUCCAAGUCUUGGGAACUGGCAACCUGAUGAUCUCAGAUGUAUCAGUGAAACACGCUGGCGUUUACGUCUGCGCUGCAAAUCGCCCGGGCACUCGUGUGCGCCGUACUGCGCAGGGUAUCCUCAUGGUUCAAGCUCCACCUGAAUUUGUGCAGUGGCCCCAAUCCAUCUCCAAGCCGCCUGGCAGCAGUGCCAUCUUCACCUGCGUGGCGCAAGGCGUGCCAGAGCCCCACCUCAUCUGGCUGAAGAACGGGAAAGUCCUGGCGCCCGGCGAAAACAUCAAACUCACCCACAACAACAGCACCCUGAUGAUCCAGAGGAUCACUUCGGCGGACGAAGCCAUCUACCAAUGCAUCGCGGAGAACAGCGCUGGCACCAACCAGGCCAGCGCCCGGUUGGCUGUGGCUCUCUCCAAAGAGCUGCCCAGUUCCCCCGAAGGGGUCCAGGCCACUGCCCUCUCCACCACAUCCAUCCAGGUCUCGUGGCUUGAGCCCCCCAUGGAAGUGACCGAGGCCAUAAUUGGUUACGUGCUUCACAUCCGUAAGGCAGGAGAAUCCGACAGCCGGGAACUGCAAGAGGCGGUCAGCAAGACGACCUUCCAGCAUGUCUUCACCAACCUCGAACCCUCAACAACUUACUCCAUCUACCUGAAGGCGUACUCACCCUUGGGCGCCAGCCAGGAUUCCCAGCCCAUCCUGGCCACCACCCUGGGCAGCAUCCCUGCAGCAUUGGGUUUCUUCACCAAGAUCUUGAACAUCAGCUCCAUCCAAGUCUUCUGGGAGCUGCCUGCCCGACCUGGACGGAUUGAAGGCUUCAAACUUUACCUCCGGAAGCUGCCCAGUGCCCACUAUGAGGGUCCUCAGCUCUUGCCUGGCACGGCCAACUCCUUCGUCUACAGUGACUUGGAACCGUCCGCCAUGUACGAGAUCAAACUCCAGGCCUUCAAUGGGAACGGCGAUGGGAACAGCAGCGUGCGGUUUGUCUCGCUCAAGGAGAAUUCGGAGAGGCUAGAUGCCAACUCGGUAUGCCAAUGUGGGCAGGACGGGGACAGCUCCCUCGCUGGCAUUGUCAUCGGCGUCCACAUCGGCAUGGCAUGCAUCAUAUUCUGUGUCCUUUUCCUGAUGUUUGGCUACCGCAAGAGCCUUUUCUGCAAGAAAGGAACGCAAGAGAGCUGGACGGUUCCGCAAGGCACAGAGCUGGUCCAGACUACCACCCAGGAGCCUCCCCGUACCCAGCGGAAACCCGAAGGUGGGGCCAAGCCUUCAGAGAUGGUGGAACUGGUCACUCAGAACCCCCAGCCCUCCGAGGGACGCAACAACCAUGCCACUCCCCAUUUCGAAGUGACGAUUGAGCGCUGCCCUCCCUCCCAGCCCAGCGGUUAAGCCCACGCCUGGCGGGGAAAGGGGGGCACGGUGAGGCCUUGUACGGACCAUGGUGGCAGCUCCGUCGAGGUUUGGUCUCUUCUUGCCCCCUUAUUCUCCACCUUGUCCGGGACUCCAACCGUAAACCUCCAAAGAAUCUACCUCACUUUUGCUGGGGACUCAGCUUCCAGCCCGGUUGCCACCUCUCC